UAUAUAUUACUUGAGGAUAGCAGCAUGAGAUAUUUUUUAAAUUGCUUCUACAAUUACGUCUUCGAUUUUCUGUCAAUUUUUUCUCUAUUGGACGACAGUAUGCUGAAUAUUGAGCACCACAAGAUUUUGUGGGUGAAAAUUAUGCAGUUAUAUAUAAAGACGAGCAACUACAAAACAAUUGACCACACAGAGAACAAUAACUUUCAUCUUAUUAAUAUAAUGGAACAUAUUAAUAUUGGAUGGAACAUUGAUGAGUGGCAGCUGAUGGCUGCUCGAUUUGAAAGAGAUUUGAGGAAGAAAAUGAUACAAUUUUAUUCAGCUAUCAAGUGAUCUAGUCUAUUCAAAUGUUCUGGAUGAACAUUAGCUGCAAGAUACUGUAAUAAUGUUAUGUGGAACUAAUCCAUUAAUCGCUUAGGAGUAAAAUAAUCAAUUCUAUUGAGAAAUCUGAUAUUCAACAUUAAUUGUAAAAUUAUUAUCACAUAUCUAAAUGACACAAGAAAUUGACGAGUACCGGAAUUGAAUAUUGAAGCCGAUGGCAAGACGAUCAUAGAGAUGUGUAAGAAUGAAAAACUGACUAAUGUACCGCAAUCCUCGUUACUGAAUGUUUGUCAGCAGACACCACUGAAUCCGCUCAGUCCACAAACAGGAGUAAAACCAUUCGUAAACUGCUUCUGUGUAACUAGUAAAAAUGAAGCAUUUGAUUCAUCGAUGCGAGAAUUCUGUAUGAACUUCCCAAUCGUUAUGAUACAAGAUCUUGUCACAGUUCUCGAUCUUAACUUGAGUCUUUUCUCAACUAAAACUAUAGUCGAGACGAGCCCGAAAGAGCCUAUCGAGAUACGCAUACAGAUGCUGCAACUUAAUGAGGAAAAUUGGGAUCGAAAUCGUAGUAAGAUGGUCUGGAAGUACUAUAAUUAUCGAAUCUAUAGGCCGAUUGUCGAGUACGCGAUUUAUCAAACUAAGAAGUUACAGGAGAGCAUAGAAAAAGAGAAAGAGAAAGAGAACGCACAAAACAAAGAAAUUAUUUUCAGUUAUUUCUUGGACUUGAAAAAGUUCAAAAAUAAAGAUACAAUUACAAAAGACACAGGCAAAUUCGAGAAUGAAAUAUUCUUCGGCACUAACGUGGAUUUAUCGAAUAGGGAAAUAUGGAAACAGCAACUGAAGGAACUAAAGAAACUGCCACCCUUAUUCCAGGUGGAAUCGAAUGAAAAUAUGCUUAACCAUGUGGGUCACAAUAUCUUAGGAGUGAAUACUGUGCAAUUAUAUAUGAAGAUACCGGGUUGCAGAACACCUGGUCAUCAAGAGAACAAUAACUUCUGCUCGGUUAAUAUCAACAUCGGACCGGGUGACUGCGAGUGGUUUGCGGUACCAUAUGAAUACUGGAGCGCAGUAUCCUCGCUUUGCACACGUAAUGGCGUUAAUUAUCUAGGUAGUUGGUGGCCACCAAAUUUGGAUGAAUUAUACAAGGAAAAUAUUCCGGUAUACAGAUUUCUUCAAAAACCAGGCGAUCUGGUAUGGGUGAACGUCGGCUGCGUACACUGGGUACAAGCGACUGGCUUUUGUAACAACAUUGCGUGGAACGUUGGACCAUUCACUGCUAAACAAUACCAAGGCGCGAUUGAGCGUUAUGAAUGGAACAAGUUAGAUAAAUUCCAAUCGCUUAUACCAAUGGUGCAUCUAUCUUGGAAUCUGGCGCAUAAUAACAACAUAUCAGAUGUGCAACUAUACCAAAUGAUUAAAAAUUGCUUACUGCUGACGAUGAGACAACAUUAUUUAACAUUAGAGUUCGUGAGAAACAAGGAUAUAUUUGUGGCUUUCCUUCUGCAAAAGGAAUCCGAUCUCGACAUGGUUUGCGAAAAGUGCGAGAAGAAAUUGGGUAAGGUUAUCACGCCUGAUCCUUGGAAGACAGGUGCGAGAAAUACUGUGGAAAGCGGAGGUCGUCAGGUAGGGGAGAAUAAGGCUUUGUCUGCGGGAAAAGCUCGAUUCAAUCCCUACACUACGAAAUUCGAGAUUUGUAGAAUAUGUAGGCAAAAAGUACAUCAAGUGGGAUCUCACUAUUGUCAGUCUUGCGCAUAUAAGAAGGCUAUCUGCGCUAUGUGUGGCAAAAAAUUAAUGAAUACAAAGAAUUAUAAACAAUCUGCGACUUAAUUUCAACAAUUAUACACACUUUAUACUAAUAAUACGCUAUAUGUAUAAGCACAUUACUAUAUGUUUCAAAAUGUAAGUUUGACAAUUGUUUUCUAAUAGUUUUGCGAUUAGAUUACCUGAUAGUAUAUAAUAGCAUUAAGAUACAAUAUUGUGUAUAUUAAUAUUUGUGUGUAUAUAUAAUUAUCAUUACAGAAAACAUUGUUGCGCACAAAAUGUAAAAUUAUAUUUGUACAAUAUAAAUUAAUUUGUUAAUCAUAUUAUAUUUUUAGUUAAAUCAUUAAUAUCUAUAUAUAUGGCAACUAAAUGUACAAAUAUAAAUAUUAAAUGUUUUCAAAUCACGAUAGUAAUGAAAAUGGAUAAAAAAAUAUUUUAAAA